UCGAGCAAAAUUUCAAGCUCAAAAAACAAAGUGGAGCCGCAAAAUCCAAUCAAUCACCGCCCGACGCAUUCGCAUAUUUCUACGCUCUAUUAUUGAUUUUUUCUGUUUUUGUGAGUGUUGUGUGCACUUCUGAUUCCGAAGAAAACGACCAUUAAAACCCACCCCUCAAACCUGCCGCCGGCCACCGAUAAUUGGCUUCUUGCUUUGAAAUACCGCGUGGGACCGACUCAAAAUCGAGUCUUGACAUAGGGAAGUUGAGAAUUCAGUUGGCAAUGGCUGGUUUUCGGCUUUGGGGGAAUAUUUAGAAGCUUUCAAUUUGAAGGAAUAGGGAGUUUUCCGAAACGAUGAGGAUUCUUGCUCUUCUGUUAUUGGCUUUCUUUCUAGGAGGAGAUGCCCGUCUAGCUAUGGCGUUUACUGGAACUUUUGGGAUCAAUUAUGGUAGGAUAGCAGAUAACAUCCCUUCACCCGACAAAGUUGUAACGCUGCUUAAGGCUGCAAAAAUCAAGAACGUUAGGAUUUACGAUGCGGAUCACAGUGUUCUCAAUGCCUUCAAAGGGACUGGGCUCGAGCUAGUGAUUGGACUUCCCAAUGGUUUCUUGAAAGAAAUGAGUGCUAAUCCAGACCAUGCCCUGACUUGGGUCGAGGACAAUGUCAAGGCGUUUCUUCCUGACACACGCAUCGUUGGGAUUGCAGUAGGGAAUGAAGUUCUUGGAGGUGAUGGUGAGUUUUCUCAAGCUUUAUUGGGUGCUGUGAAGAAUAUAUACAAUGCCACGAAGAUGCUCGGAAUAGAUAGAGUAGUUCAGAUUUCUACAGCUCAUUCGCAGGCUGUCUUUCAGAAUUCGUUCCCUCCUUCUUCUUGUACUUUCACAGAGGCUGUCGCUCCGUUGAUGAAGCCUCUCCUGGAGUUCUUUUCGCACAUUGGGUCUCCGUUUUGUCUCAAUGCGUAUCCCUUUCUGGCUUAUACUUACAACAAGGGGAAAAUUGAUAUAAAGUAUGCUCUUUUUCAGCCAAAUAAAGGAAUAGUUGAUAAUAAAACAGAUUUACAUUAUGAUAACUUGCUGGAUGCUCAGAUCGAUGCAGCUUAUGCUGCUCUAGAGGAUGCUGGAUUCAAGAAAAUGGAAGUUAUAAUCACGGAAACGGGUUGGGCAUCUCAUGGGGGUGAAGAUGAAGCUGCUGCUACCCCAAGCAACGCAAGGACGUACCACUUCAAUUUGCGUAAAAGGCUAGCGAAGAGGAAAGGGACUCCACUUAGGCCGAAACAUGUAUUAAAAGCAUACAUAUUUGCCUUAUUCAACGAGGACUCGAAACCAAAUGCCCUCUCUGAGAAAUAUUAUGGACUCUUUAAAGCAGAUGGGAGUAUAUCUUAUGAUCUCGGGCUCCCUGGACUGAAAUCUUCGUCUGCUUCAUCUCCCUUCUUCUCCUCUAAGGAGGUUGGAGGUGGAAAAUGGUGUUGGUUGUUAUUGACAAUCUCAGCUUCCACAUUGAUUCUGCUCUUGAGAUUAUGAAAAAUAUAUAAAGUUGUAUCUAUAGAGAUAAUCUCUUCUCACUAUAGUUGUCCGCGAUUUGAGAAAUGGAAAGUUACUCAUUUUCUUUGUCA